GUGCAUGGCACGCCCUCAAUUUUGCAACCCUUCGGUCGGUAUUCAACCGCAAACCUCUCUCUCGCUCCCCGAUCUCAAAUUGUGGGAAAGUUUCCCGGCACGAAAACGACCUUCCCCGCUCUCUCUCUCUCGGCCUUGGCCAUGGCUUCCGAAACCCUAACCGACAAGAACGCGGUAUUCCGGAAGCUCAGAUCCAAGCCCGAGAACAAGAUGUGCUUCGAUUGCAACGCGAAGAACCCGACGUGGGCGUCGGUCACGUACGGCAUCUUCCUCUGCAUGGACUGCUCCGCCGUCCACCGCAGCCUCGGCGUCCACAUCAGCUUCGUGAGAUCUACAAAUCUGGACUCGUGGAGCCCAGAGCAGCUGAAGAUGAUGACUUUUGGGGGCAACAAUCGUGCCCACACUUUCUUUAAGCAGCAUGGAUGGACAUAUGAUGGCAAAAUUGAGGCAAAAUACACAUCAAGGGCUGCUGAGUUGUACAGGCAGAUACUUUCCAAAGAAGUUGCUAAAAGUUUUGCAGAAGAUUCUAGCAAUCCUUCAUCACCUGUUGCAUCUCAGUCGCCACAUGCAUUCAAUGGUCUUCACGAUUUGAAGCCUAUAGAUACAAUUAAGGAUAAUUUAUUUGAAAAGCAGGAAAUUGUUGAGACAACACGUUCACCAAAAGCUCCGAUUCAAUCACCAGUUAUCAGUUCUGUUAAAAAGCCCAUUGGUGCAAGGAAGAUAGGAAGUAAGACUGGGGGCCUUGGUGCCCGGAAGCUUACCACAAAGCCAAAUGAAAGUCUUUAUGAUCAGAAGCCUGAAGAACCAGCACCAGAUGUAACUUCCACGGCUAGUUCCACAGCAACAUUUGGCUCAUCUUUUCCUUCUCGUUUUGAAUACAUGGAGAGCAUACCUGCUGCUGAAAAUAUUCCGAAGGGUGCUCAAGUGAUUGGCCAUGUUGGCCCUCCAAAAUCUUCAAGCUUCUUUGCAGAGUUUGGAAUGGACAGUGGAUUUUCUAAGAAACCAGUUUCCACUACAAAAGUUCAGGUAGAGGAAAGUAAUGAAGUGAGACAGAAGUUUUCGAAUGCAAAAUCCAUCUCAUCAGCCCAAUUUUUUGGUGAUCAGAACCAAGCAAGUGAUAAGGAGGCUCAAAUCUUCUUGCAGAGGUUUACUGGUUCAACAUCCAUAUCAAGUGCUGAUCUUUUUGGUCAGCAUACUGAUGACACUGAUCUUGGUCUUACUGCUGCUGACCUUAUUAACCGAGUCUCUUUCCAGGCAUCACAGGAUAUUUCCUCCCUUAAGAACAUUGCUGGGGAAACUGGAAAGAAGCUGACUUCUAUAGCGUCCAGUCUUCUCAAUGAUAUUCAAGACAGAAUCCUGUAAUCUUCCAGGACAGCUACUUGUUUGGCUUGGGAUUGUUCUCAACAUAGUGGCUGCUUGCCUACUGUUUAAUCUCAUCUUAUAAUAUUCUUUCAUAGAAAUCAAGCUUCUCAGGUUGCUGCGCAUGGGCCACAUGUAUUAUAGAGGGAGAUCUUUACAUUCUGAGAUUGUAUAUUUUGGCAACAAAUAUAUCUAAAGCGAGCCUGUCGUUUUUUUUUCCUUUUUUGUUUUCAUUUGAACCCUCAGUAAGGCAUCCUAUGUUUGAGCUCUAUCAUGUAAGGAGGUUCAGACGGUCCACAGUUCAUGCUGUACUGCAGAAAAAUCCUGCUGUUAAAUAAACAUGGACAAUUGAAAAUUUCCAUUUCAGUCCUAA